CAAGCCCAUCCAGCCCACCUAUCAACCAUGUCCAUUCCUACCAACAAGAUUGAUCUACUCUGCGGUUGGCCUAACCCCGCGCUCCUCCCCGCUCCUGAUCUUCUCCGCUCCGCCAGUGAUGUGUUGACCGUCCCUUCUAUCGCCCACCCAGCCUUACUCUAUGGACCCGAUGAAGGCUGGGAGCCUCUUCGAACCCACAUCGCUCAAUGGCUAACAACCUUCUAUCAACCCUGCGCCCCUAUUUCGCCCCAACGCAUCUGUAUCUCGGGCGGAGCUAGCCAAAACCUCGCUUGUGUACUACAGGUCUUUACUGACCCGAUCUACACCCGGAAUGUCUGGAUGGUCGAUCCCACAUUCCAUCUCGCGGGCCGCGUGAUAGAUGACUCUGGCUUCGCUACCCGGGUACGUGGCGUGCCUGAGGACGAGGAAGGGCUUGAUCUAGAUUUCUUGGAGGGCGGAUUACGAACCGCAGAGGAGAAGGCUACCACGGAUGGAAAUACAGAACCGAAGAUGAAACCGCCCAGACCUUGGCGCAAAACAUACAAACACAUCGUGUACUUGGUGCCUACCUUCGCUAAUCCCUCUGGCAAAAUCAUGUCGCUGGGUCAUCGAGAACGACUCGUGAGGAUAGCACGGCAAUAUGAUGUUCUCCUGGUCUCAGAUGAUGUAUACGAUUCAUUACAGUGGCCAUCUACAGAAGGCGAUGAAACAACAUCAACCGAGCAUUCACUCUUUCCCCGACUAAUUGACGUGGACCGGUACCUUGAUGGUGGCCCAAUUGACGAAUGGGGCCACGCACUAAGUAAUGGCAGCUUCAGUAAAUUGAUUGGGCCUGGAACCCGUACCGGAUGGGCAGAGGCAUCUGAAAAGGUUGCCUACGGGUUAUCGCAAGUAGGAUCCUCCCGCAGCGGUGGAGCACCAUCCCAACUAUGCGCAGCGAUAAUAUCCUCGUUAAUCUCGACUGGAUUCCUAGAAUCUCACAUUCGCGACACACUCCGCGUAUCCUACAACGAAAGAUACCAUCUAAUGAUAUCCUCUAUCAAAAAACACCUAGUACCACUUGGAGUCACCCUGCCCGCUAUCACCAGCACAUCCCGCGUGGCAGGUGGAUACUUUAUCUGGAUUACGCUACCGAGCCCCUUAUCCGCGGCGAGUGUAGUCAAGCGGGCUGCGAGCGAGCAAAAUCUGCGCUUAGCGCCUGGUGAACUAUUUCAAGUGGUUGGGGAUACGGAGGCUGAUCCGGCUCGGUUCACGAACAAUAUUCGGCUUUGUUUUGCGUGGGAGGAGCUCAGCCACAUUAGUGAGGGGAUACGUAGACUGGGAGUUGUUGUGGAGCGGAUGGUUUAG